GCACCCAUCUACUUCCACUGCUUACAGAAAUGUUAUUUGUACUGACUACAAGCAACAGAUAAGGUGUGCUUUUGCUGAACAGAUAUCAUGGGAACAAGAGUUACAGAUCGUAAACUGAAUGAUAAAGCAUCUUUCUACUCAUGGAAGCAGGUUCUGCAUCCAUCACACAGCUUGGACGAAACAGUAGUCAUGCAGUCUAAUGAAUGGUUUCAAGAUCGCAGUGAAUGUGUCAAGGAUGCUAAGAGGAAGUUUCAAGAUGAUUCUAGAACAACUAAAAGAAUCAUCAUCAAAAAGACGAGAAAGUUCUUGUGCGUCGACGAAGUAGACAGUGUAAAUCACAUAAAACACGCUGAAAAUCUUCUCACUUUGUGUUACACUUUGGAACUGUCUAAAAUUCUUAGACGGCUGUCCUGUGAUUUGUGUUUUGGAUGUAUGUUCGAUUCCGAGGGUGAACUGAUCCACACAUGUAAGGAUAUGUUAGAACAGGAUCAAUUUGAUCGUCUUUUCAUGACUGCCAUGUCUGAACUCCAUGAUGAACACGUGAUUGACAAAUGGGUGGACGUGUUUAGUGGUGAUCCAUCUCUGAAUCAUGUGAACAUAGUUUCAUACCGCUGUAAAGACUAUCGGGACACCCAUUUUAAAACAUCAGACUGGUUUAAUGAACUGAAGCAACGUGUUGUUAAGAUGUUAUUGUUAGAAAAUCGCUUUCAAUAAUUGUGAAUGUAACCCUAUCAUUGUAUAUCUGUGUAGUCUAGAAUUCUAUUAAUUAAAGUAUAUGUUGUAUAAUUAUUUAUACCUUCAUGUUAUAUAUUGCUUGAUACACCCGGUUUCAAUAAUUGAGAAUGUAACCCUAUCAUUGUAUAUCUGUGUAGUCUAGAAUUCUAUUAAUUAAAGUAUAUGUUGUAUAAUUAUUUAUACCUUCAUGUUAUAUAUUGCUUGAUACAGCCAGUUUCAAUAAUUGAGAAUGUAUCCCUAUCAUUGUAUAUCUGUGUAACCUUGAAUCUCUAUUAAUUAAAGUAUAUGUUGUAUAAUUA